UGCGCUUGGUCAGACUACAUUAGCCACAACAGGUGCCGGCAGUGACCAGAGGUGCGUUUGCCGGUCCCCACAAUGCCUCAGGGGUCGAGACUGCUGUUAUACAUUUGCUGCAUGCUUAUCUUCACAAAGGCUGUUGUUGGCUCACCGCAGGAGGCGUUCGACAAUGAUUAUGAGGAGGAAGAGCGUAUCUCGAGAGCUGGAGCGGCAGUCCCGCCUGCAGUGUGGAAGACACAUGUCAAGAGUCCACGACCAUUGCCUGAACCGUUUCCCUGGCACACGUACGCAGAAGUUAAACGCAGAUUCAGUAAAUAUGUGAUCGAUUUUAUCGCCAAGUAUGGCCAUGUUCCAUACUUUAUAAUGGACAGUAAGAAUAACAAAAUCAUUAAAGACUUCCUUGACAUAAUGGACGAAGCAUCUAUAAAGGCAGCACAAGCAGCCUUGGCUCAGAACGGCAAGAGAAAGAAACGUUCAGUGUUUCAAGAUACUGCAACAAGCGUGAGCCGCCUUUCCUCUUCUACUCCAGUUCUGAGUGAGAGGGCAGAGACCUUCACCGCUGCUGGAGAUACGACAAAGAUGACCGAUACUACCGCAAGUCAAACAAAUAAAGCAGAAGUCGCAUCUGUGACACCAAGCGGAAGAGACGAGCCACACUCAGAUAUCAAUCCCAUAUUAGGGGGAACAUCAACUGCAGGCGGAACGUCGCAGACAUCGUCAACUGGAACCACUACACUAAGUGCGGCGACAUCCGAUCUUGCAAGUACUUCAACCGCUGCAGAGACAGGUGGUCCGUCUGAUGCUAGUACUCGUUCCCCUUCAACCACGACGAGUGGCACAAUAAGUACAACUGCAAUGUCUCAGAACACCAGAACUACUGAAAACCCUAAGACAACAAGCACCGAAACUACUACACAAAGUGCAACGACAUCCGGUCUUUCAAGUACUUCAACCGCUGCAGAGACAGGUGGUCCGUCUGAUGCUAGUACUAAUCCCCCUUCAACCACGAUGAGUGGCACCACAAGUACCACUCCCCCAAACACUCCGAUGUCUCAGACGACCACCGCUCAAGUAAGUGACGUUACGCAAUCAACCAGCACUACUGAAAACCCUAAGACAACGAGCACCACAAUCGACGUGAAGCCAACAAGUACACCGUCUCCCACAACCACCGAUCAACCUUCUACAACAAACGGCAGUGAGGAGCCAACAACCUACCCCUCGACAUCUGAGAUGACUUCAUCUCGAACAACGCCACGGGAGACAACUUCCUCUGGCACGAUAACUACUACACAAGUGCAAACCACGACGGAAGAGAAUACGACACAGGAUGGCCAGACGACAGUUCCUUACCUUUCAACUACUGAAUCGUCCAGCGUAAUUCCCACGUCAACAACUCUCCGACAAACCACGUACUCGGACGCGCCACAUAUAUCUACUGAGGAUAGCUCUGACGACGGACACCAUGCCACAUCAACGCCAAGUGGUAACCCAACUACUACGAGGCACGACAAUGAGACAACGACACCGGCCAGUAACACAACUGACGACGAUGAAGGCGGUCGAGGUGAUGACGAGGUUACUACGGUGCACCCUUUAGAUCCAACAGAACAUCCACCACGUCCUCCGCCGCCGGUAUACCCAGAGCCGCCUCCGCCGCUACCGAAUUAUCCCCCUGGUGCCAUAUAUCCCGGUCCUGUGUAUCCUGUUGGGCCACACGUACCACCUAACCCCGCCGUAUACCCGCAGCCGCCGUACAUCCGUCCAGGUCUACCUCACUACCCACCACCACCACCACACCGUCCCCCAUAUUAUCGUCCGCCGUAUUACUACCCUGCACCACCAAAUCCACCUUACCACCCUCCGUCGCCGCCUCACUACUACCCUCCGCCGCAGAAUUACCCCCCGCAUCCCCAUCACGUCCCACCUCCGCACUACAAUCCAUCAGCCUCCCAUUACUACCCCCCAACUCCCAACGAAACACCACCGCUUCCCCACUACAAUCCCUCACAACCCCAAUACUAUCCCCCACCUUCUAUACACAAACCAUCGCACCCUAGUUACAAUCCCUCACCGUCCCACUACGAACAUCCCCCUUCCGGUCUUCCUCAUCCGCCUCCUCCACAUUACUACCCCUCACCAGCGAAUCACUAUCCGUCACCUUCCAACAAUAAACCAUCAUCUCCCCAUUACAAUCCCUCACCAGCCCACCACGAUCAUCUGCCUCCUCAUUACAGUCCCUCGUCAUCUCCCUACUAUCACCCUCCUGCCAAUUCACCGCCUCACGUGUAUAAUCCAUCACCAUCUCACUACAACCAUCCGCCUUCUGACACUCAUCCACCGACUCCUUACUACCACCAACAACCUCAUAAUUACAAUUCCCUUCCUUCCAAUCACAACAGCACGGGUCUCCACUAUAACCCGCAACUGCAACACCACGAUAACCCACCGCAUAGCAACAAACCAUCGGUACAGCACUACGAUUCCUUACCACCACCACCUUCAGCUUCCGUUCACAACCCAUCGUCUCCCCACUAUAUUUCCUCAGCAUCCCACCACGACCCUUCGCCUAUUCACUACAACCCCCCGUCAACGCAUUACAAGCCUUCGGUCCCGCACCAGCACAGCCAGUACUCUGGUCCACCUCCUCCAAUUCCCCACGUUGAAUAUCCAGCCGAAAACCCGCAUGCCCAACACCAAGCACCGUCGGGAGCUCCCCUUGGACAAAACGCGCACGGACAACAAGGAGAUGCCUACUCUUCCCCGUGUAAUCAUAUAAAGUGCCCCACUGGAACUCGUUGCUUUGUGAGGAUCGACUGCUACGAACCCGGGCCUUGCAGACGCGUCCCAGCAUGUUCACGAUCAGGAUCGCAAGGAUACAAGUAAAAUGAGGAACGUGUUUGCAGAAAAGAUGAUUUAUGUAAUCAACAGUGCGAGAUUCCAGAAUGUUUAAUAAAUACUUGAUAUGUGUAGCGAUAUAA